AGGCGAUCAGAAACACCGAAACAAGAUGAAGUGUUUUUUGCCAUUGUUAUUUCUUGGAGCAUUUUACCUUACUAAUGCCAAGCCAGUGAAAGAACACCUUGAAAUUAUCGAAGGUGACAUGCUCUUGACUAAAGAACAAAAGAUGAUUCAUGACCAACUCAAAGGAGGCCGAGUAAGGCGUGCUGCUCUCAAGGACCAAUUUUUAUGGCCUAAAGGACGUGUCUUUUAUACUUUUAAGGAUUUGGAUGCUGCUGGCGAAAAGCUUGCCAAGGAUGCUAUAGAUCACUGGGAGGAUAAAACCUGUUUGAAUUUCACAAAAAGAACUAAUGAAWCUGUAUAUGUUGAAUUUCAGUAUGCUGGAGGCUGCAGAGCAGUUGUUGGAUACGGCCAGGAAUCCCCUCGACUUAUUUCAAUUGGGGAAAAGUCAGAUCGCUGCAAAUUGGGCUCCACAAUCCACGAAAUCGGCCACGCAAUUGGUUUCUUCCACGAGCACGUCCGUCCAGAUCGUGACCAGUUYGUUACCGUCAACUAUACAAACAUGAGAGUUUGGAAAUAAAUGAAUAAGAAAGAACUAUUUACUUGCAAUUAUUUUUUGUUCGUUUAUUUUGCUGUUUUUUGUUGUUGUUGUUUGUGUAUUGCUUGUUUAAUUCCUCGAUGAUGAAUAUUAUAAAUAAAUAACAACUAUU